GGUAUAUAGUUGACCUACAGAAACUUUAUAUAUCCAUGAACGGAAAAAUUUCAUCGGCACUACAGAGAAUAUCUAUCAUUGAACAAAAAGUAUCAAAAACACGGAAAAUAUGUCAAUCAGGAAAUUUCGGUCAACAAUUACAUAUUCCUGGGAACAGUUUUCCAGCUUCAGCGUACAUACGGUUCUAUCCAGCAUUUGAACACACACCUGCCAUUGUAUAUGGAUUAUAUCUUUAUGAUACAUCGAGGCUGGCUAAUUCGAGAUUCAGCACCAGAGUCAACAACCUUUCUACAUAUGGAUUUAAUAUUAGCAUAACUUCUUGGGCAGACACCAAAAUGUAUGGAGCUCGCAUUUCCUGGAUGGCAUGUCUCAAAAAUGUUUAAUAUACAACAGGACAAAAUCAUCAUGAUUUGGUUUAUCGUACUUACAAUGUUUACUUGAUUUCCGUCACAACAUUUUAAACAAGGAACGAAGCAUUCAAAAAAUUAUUCAUGUAGUAUAGUUUUAAAAAGAUAUUGUGCUAAACUUCUAAAAACUUUCGUAAUUGAAUAAUAUGGUUUUAAAAAUUCUCACCACUUACAAGCAGCGCAUUAUAUUCUUUUCUUCUUGAAAAAAACCCAACAUUUUCACUCUAGUGUCAACCCGAAGUUAAUAUUAGUAAUAACCGUUAACAAAUCAGUGGUUUUAAUUUUUUAAAACAUGUUGGCAGUUCUUUCGACUUUUUAUUUAUGUAGAUCACUGACCCUCCUCUUACUUUUCGUCACAAGAAAGGAAACCAAUAAAUUAUUGUAAGCAUUUAACGUAUCGAUCUAUAUGUAACACACUUUUGUAUAUACCUGUUGUCAUUUAUAUAAUUUUCCAAUUGAUUUCUUAUAAUAAUUAUUUGCAAGAAAACAAUUAUACAUGUCAAUGAGUUUGAAGAUAAAAUUAUAAGCAUUCUUGCAGUCAUCUAGCUUAAUGUUUAAAAUUUUAUACGGUACAUGUAUUUAACUUUUCAUUCUUAUUUUCUUCCUAAUAAAAUUAAAUUCUAAAUGUUCCUGUUUAUUUUUAUGAUAUGAAAAGUUGUAAACAAUAAGCAAAAUAAAGAUAGAAUUGUUCUUUGACGUUUUGAUGAUAACUGAUAUAUAGAUAACAGAUGGAAUAACGUUCCUAUUAAACUAUGAAACAAAAUUGACCAAAUAGAUAUUUAUCUCAUGAAUUCGUGUUUUAUGACCAACAAAUAUUCUCACACCGACGCCAUGGUUUAUAUAGAACAAAGGGGUCAAAUGCAGCUUUUGGCUUUUAUCUCAAAUACAAAACCUUUUAGAGCAAAUCUGACGAGGAUAAAAUUGUUCAAUUGAUCCGGAUCUAUCAGCCCUGAAAUUGUCAGACGAAUCGGACAACCCAUUGUUGGGUGGCUGCCC